AAAUCGAACCUUCGCCCAUAGUGAGGCUACAUAAGUUCUAAGUGCGCUUGAGUAGGAGAAACUCAAAACAGCCGCAGGUGACAUAGUAAACGGCUUUGGCAAAUUUAGGAAAUUAUUAACUAAAAGCAUCAGAGGGGCUCUCCCAACACUGACAUGCCUGUGGCUACUAGUUGAGGUGCUAAGCCUCGCUGAGAGCUCAGACCGGCCACCAAAGUUAGCCCAGCAGGAGAUGCAGUUGCUAGGUACCCCACGCCCGACUCCCUGCGGGAUUCUUGGGUAGGGGCAAAGCGACCCGUUAGCUCCACCGCCCCCGGGCCGCUUUACUAAACUGACCUCUCAGCAGGAGCUUGAAAGGAACACAAGGUUGCCACCUGCUGUUGGUCUGGCGCUUCCCAGACCAGGCACUGUGCCUAGCCCGGUGCAGCCGGGUGGGGUUGGGGGAGUGCCACCAAAACGGGAAGCAGCAGUAGGAAGUAGGGAAUUCAUCAGUCGGGCUAAGUUUAGAGCCGUGCUCCAUCAUCCUAGAUGUGUGGCCUUGAGGGAGCUGUUCGACCUCUUUGAGCUUUGGUUUCCUCUAAUGGAAGGAACCGCUCUCUGACCUCUGCUCUAGAAAAUGACAGGAGCCGGAUUUGAACCAGGCCCGCUCGCCAUGGCCCUCCUCGGGGCCCUCCUCCUAGCGUUUCUGGUAGGCGCUCAUGCGGAGCUCCCCGGCUGUAAGAUCCGCAUCACCUCCAAGGCGCUGGAGCUGGUGAAGCAGGAGGGCCUGCGCUUUCUGGAACAAGAGCUGGAGACCAUCACCAUUCCGGACCUGCGGGGCCGGGAAGGCCAAUUCUACUACAACAUCUCGGAGGUGAAGGUCACAGAGCUGCAGCUGACAUCCUCUGAGCUCCAUUUCCAGCCAGAGCAAGAGCUGGUGCUACAGAUCAGCAACGCGUCCUUGGGGCUGCGUUUCCGGAGGCAGCUUCUCUACUGGUUCUUGUAUGAUGGGGGCUACAUCAAUGCCUCUGCCGAGGGUGUGUCCAUCCGCACUGCUCUGCAGCUCUCCCGGGAUGCCACCGGCCGCAUCAAAGUGUCUAACGUCUCCUGCCAGGCCUCGGUCUCCAGAAUGCACGCAGCCUUCGGGGGAACCUUCAAGAAGGUAUACGAGUUCCUCUCCACAUUCAUCAUCUCGGGGAUGCGCUUUCUCCUGAACCAGCAGAUCUGCCCUGUGCUUUACCACGCAGGGACGGUGCUCCUCAAUUCACUCCUGGACACUGUGCCUGUUCGCAGCUCUGUGGAUGAGCUGGUUGGCAUCGACUACUCCCUCCUGAAGGACCCAGUCGCUUCCGACAGCAACCUGGACAUGGACUUCCGGGGGGCCUUCUUUCCUCUGGCUGAGGAGAACUGGAGCCUGCCCAACCGGGCGGUAGAGCCCCAGCUGCAGGAGGAGGAGCGGAUGGUGUACGUGGCCUUCUCGGAGUUCUUCUUUGACUCUGCCAUGGAGAGUUACUUCCGGGCGGAAGCCCUUAAGCUGUCCCUGGUGGGGGACAAGGUGCCCCACGAUCUGGACAUGCUGCUGAGAGCCACCUACUUUGGGAGCAUUGUCCUACUGAGCCCAGCGGUGAUCGACUCCCCGCUGAAGCUGGAGCUGCGCGUCCUGGCCCCACCUCGCUGCACCAUCAAGCCCUCGGGUAGCACUGUCUCCGUCACUGCCAGUGUCACCAUAGCCCUGGUCCCACCUGACCAGCCCGAGGUCCAACUGUCCAGCAUGACCAUGGAUGCCCGUCUCAGCGCCAAGAUGGCACUCCAGGGGAAGGCGCUGCGCACCCAGCUGGACCUGCGCCGGUUCCGAAUCUAUUCGAACCAGUCCGCUUUGGAGUCCCUGGCACUGAUCCCGCUGCAAGCCCCUUUGAAGACCAUGCUGCAGAUUGGGGUGAUGCCCAUGCUCAAUGAGCGGAUGUGGCGGGGGGUGCAGAUCCCACUACCCGAGGGCAUCAACUUUGUGCGUGAGGUGGUGACGAACCAUGCGGGCUUCCUCACCAUUGGGGCCGACCUCCACUUUGCCAAAGGGCUGCGAGAGGUGAUUGAGAAGAACCGGCCUGCCGACACCCGGGACCCCUGGACAUCCAGUGCCUCUCCGCCCUCCACAGCGGCUGCCUGAGUCCUCAAGCCCACCCUGGGAGGGGCUUUUGGGACUCCAGACGCCUGUCAUCCCCUCCCCCAGGACCUUCCACCCCCAGCCUAUAGUGUCCUAACCCCCAGUGCCACAGAGAAGACAGGGCUUUAAGCUGUAUCCAAUUUAAUCCCAUAAUCAGUCAAUCCAUUGAUUACAGUCCGUCCACCCUCCCCUGGGCUGUGCUGAGCUCUGCUGUGUUCCAGUGCAUGAAGGGAGGGGCCAGGCCCCACCCCAGUCAGGAAUAAAGUGCUAACUCCCCCA